GUGUGCGCACGUACGCGUUAGUGAGAGAGAGCAGUCGUGGUGGACGGGUCAGAUCCACUGGAAUCUGAGCUAACAUGUCUUCCUGCCACAUGUUUCCAAGGUUUUUGUUACCACUACACACAUUUAACAAAAACUGCUACGUGUCUGUGUUCACGGCGCUUUUGAGAAGGGAUAUUGGUGCAAAUUUAUAAUGGAGAACACUAUUGAAGUCAUCCUGCAGGACCACAGCAGCACCUUACUAAAUAGUAAAUCACAGCCUGUGGUGACGGCCUGUACUGGUGCACUGUUCACAGCCAUGUACGGGCUCUGGGGCCUCUUCACAGUACCUGUCUUCCGUAAAAUCCCAUGGAGGCUUAAGGUAGAUAAAGGGUUUUGUUAACUUUUAAUUUUUUAAAGAUGCAUAAUAAAUCAAAUCUAAGGUAUGAGGUUGCUACAGAACCCAACUUGCACAUUAACAAUGAUUUGCUCAUCUUGGAGCAUAAUGCUCCCUGCUAGCAACAAAUGUGGGAAAAGAAUAAGAUGCUUCUUGAAGGUAGAGGUCGGUUAGCAGAUCUGGGAUCAGGAGAUGGAAGGCUGGUGUUUGCAGCGGCCUUUGCUGGUUUCCAAUGCACAGGGUUUGAGAUAAACUCCUUGUUAGUGAUCUACUCCACAAGCAAAGCAACAUUUCUGGAAGAAAACCUCUGGAAGACUGAUUUAUCUUCAUACAACAAUGUGACAGCUUUCCUCGCUCCUGGUGUGAUGGAGGUUCUAGGUGAGAAGCUGCUGAAAGAGCUCCCUGAUGAUGCAUGUGUCACUGCGUGUCGUUUUCCUCUUCCGAACUGGCUGCAGCGUUCCUCAGUUGGCUCAGGCCUUGACGAGACUUUUGCUUAUGACAUCAGCACCGUGCGCUCACAACUUGGAAAUGUGCAAGUAAAGAUGGUGUGAAAGCUGAAUUGUUCUCGUGUGUCAUUUACGAUUAAAAAAGAAAACUGAAACAGAGCAGUGAAAAGUAACCAAAGAUGCUGAGCAAGUGGCUUGUUUGUAAAAAAAAUAGAUUUAUGUUGAUUAGAGAAAAUGAUCAGGAUAAAAGUAAAUUUCCAGGACAAAUUCCUGAACAAAUUGCAAGUGUCUGCAUCAAUGUAUACUUGAUAAAGGUUACCCUCGUGAAUAUAACAUAUCUGAUAGUGAUAUGUUUUACUUUAUGUAUGUCAAUUAAAUUAU